UCUAAUCUUUCGUUUAUAGCUAGCUCAAUCUUAUUCGGAAUGGCAGGUCCACCUGCUGAGGGGAGGUAUUGGCCAUAAGCCCUACUUAAUUUCUCCAGCUGGACUUGAGUCCCUUCAAUAUUAUCCGGCUGGAGAAUGUUUAUGAGUAGAAUUUACCACCGAUAGAAGACUUCUCGUUCGAGAAGUUGGGGAUUGGAUCGGACUGGCCAGCUUCUGCCUAUUGAUAUGCGAUGCCCGGUCUACUAUCUUCUUCAUACGGGUCGGGAGGGAAUCACUACCCAUAUUUGAGGCGCCGUCUUGGCCAGCAAACCCUGAGGAUGAGGGGGGUAACUAGCUCCGAGUUUUCAUCCGCUUCUAGGGAGGGACCAACAUCCGAUAUGAAGGAUUCUCUGCUCCGAGAUGGGACCGAAGGGAAGAAAACAAUAAUGAUUAUUUAGGGCAGCCACUCUUAAAGUAAAGAUUGACUCUGCGUUGGGGAAGCUACUAUACCUAUAGUAUAGGCGGGAAGAGUGCCGGAUAUAAUAUCACGUAGGUUGUUAUCAGCAUACGCACCCACGAUUGGUUAUCUGUAUUGAACAAGUGCGAAAGCGGCUUCAACCUUCCCGGCGAACUACACUUUUCGUACCCGCUGAAGUAAACCGAUCAGUGAUUUGUUUUGUAUUUGGAACUAGCCACUCGUUCCUUUCCACUGCCGCCUUAGUUUGAUGUUUGGUUCCAGCGACAAUGAGCUCUGGGCAAGUGCGAUACGUCAUAAAAAAAGAAAAGGGAAAGAAGAGGAGUUAGAGCAGGGAACAAUGGACAUCCACGCCUGGGAAAGAAAGAGUAGAGUGACGCGAAGGACCUAACGCUACUCUCAAAUAUCGAUCGCGGUCUAUUGUGAUUAGGAAGGUGUUCAGUCUACCACAAAUGAAAAAGCCUAUCGAAAAUCAUGCAUUGAAUGCCAAUCAAUCCCAUCAGACUUUUUGUUGGAAAAACCAAGGCCAAGUCUAUUCAAGUCUCUAUAUUGAUUUUCGCGAGCAGAGCAGAAUGGAAUGGAAAUUCCAAUGAUUGAACAGUUAUUCAGGAGAUUAAACAUAUAUCUUAGUCAUCCAGAUCAGGAACCUGAAUGGGUGAGAUACGUUUAUAAUGACCUUAGAGAUCAGGACCUAAUGGCUAGACUUCAGUAUUUUCUUAAGGACGAGGAAAUGGAGGAUUGUGAAUUCAACCUGCCUCGUCUAAGAGAGAUUUUUUUUAAUCUAACGAGAGAGCAAAGAAAGAGUCCAUUUUAUCACCUAGUCUUUCCUGAUCAAAUGGACUAUCUUCAGGAAAUAGCAAGAAUGAGUGCUGAAAUGAGGAUCAAGGACGGCAACGGCGGCAGCCCACUUGAGCAAUUUUCCAUUCACCCAUUAAUUCUGAUGAAGAUAGGCAACUUUUAUUUCUCAUUCACAAAUCCAUCCUUGUCUAUGCUGCUCACUCUCGGUUUGGUCCUACUUCUUCUUUUUUUUGUUACGAAAAAGGGAGGGGGAAAGUCAGUGCCAAAUGCUUGGCAAUCCUUGGUAGAGCUUAUUCAUGAUUUCGUGCCGAACCCGGUAAACGAACAAAUAGGUGGUCUUUCCGGAAAUGUUAAACAAAAGUUUUCCCCUUGCAUCUCGGUCACUUUUACUUUUUCGUUAUUUCGUAAUCCCCAGGGUAUGAUACCCUUUAGCUUCACAGUGACAAGUCAUUUUCUCAUUACUUUGGCUCUCUCAUUUUCUAUUUUUAUAGGCAUUACGAUCGUUGGAUUUCAAAGACAUGGGCUUCAUUUUUUUAGCUUCUCAUUACCUGCAGGAGUCCCACUGCCGUUAGCACCUUUUUUAGUACUCCUUGAGCUAAUCCCUCAUUGUUUUCGUGCAUUAAGCUCAGGAAUACGUUUAUUUGCUAAUAUGAUGGCCGGUCAUAGUUCAGUAAAGAUUUUAAGUGGGUCUGCUUGGACUAUGCUAUUUAUGAAUAAUCUUUUUUAUUUCAUAGGAGAUCUUGGUCCUUUAUUUAUAGUUCUAGCAUUAACCGGUCUGGAAUUAGGUGUAGCUAUAUCACAAGCUCAUGUUUCUACGAUCUCAAUCUGUAUUUACUUGAAUGAUGCUACAAAUCUCCAUCAAAAUGAGUCAUUUCAUAAUUGAAUAAAAACGAGGAGCCGAAGAU